AUGGCGAGCGGAGGCGGCGGGAGGGCCAGGGCCGAUUAUGACUAUCUUAUAAAGCUGCUCCUGAUAGGCGAUAGCGGUGUGGGGAAGAGUUGUCUGCUGCUGCGAUUCUCCGACGACUCUUUCACCACGUCCUUCAUCACCACCAUCGGCAUUGACUUCAAGAUCCGCACGAUCGAGCUGGACGGCAAGCGUAUCAAGCUGCAGAUCUGGGAUACCGCUGGGCAGGAGCGAUUCCGCACCAUCACCACUGCAUACUACCGUGGAGCCAUGGGCAUUCUUCUGGUGUAUGACGUCACCGAUGAGUCAUCCUUCAACAACAUCCGCAACUGGAUCCGCAACAUAGAGCAGCACGCAUCGGAGAAUGUGAACAAGAUUCUCGUGGGCAACAAGGCAGACAUGGACGAGAGUAAACGGGCAGUGCCAGCAGCUAGGGGUCAGGCUCUUGCAGACGAGUUUAACAUCAAGUUCUUUGAAGCGAGUGCCAAGUCGAACCUGAAUGUGGACAAUGUGUUCUUCACCAUCGCACGCGACAUCAAGCAGCGCCUGGCAGAGAGCGCAGAGGACAGGCCCGAGCAACAAGCCAAGGCCAACAUUGUCAUUUCGGAUACCAAGAAACCUGCCAAGGCCAAGGGGGGCUUCUGCUAG